GUAAAAGAAGAAAAAUAAGCAUUAGAAGAGGGCUCUCUCUCGGUGGACUUACCCCCUCCAAUUUAUCCUUUACGAGUGCAUUAUCAAACCAGUAAAGAUGGAUCGUUACCAGAAAGUGGAGAAGCCGAAGGCAGAGACACCUAUUGAUGACAACGAGAUUCGUAUUACCAGUCAAGGCAGGACGCAAUUAUAUCACUUAAGCCGUGACUUUGCUUCAGACAUGGCUACCAAGAAGCCAAAUACAAGCCUCUUUGUAGGACUGAACAAGGGCCAUGUUGUAACCAAGAAGGAGUUGGCUCCACGUCCAUCUAAUAGAAAAGGAAGAAGAAUUGUCGGUCUUCAUCAGAUUACAUCUAUUGGAUCCACGGAUAUAACAUAUAUGUGGGAACCUUUUGAAGAAGGACUUCUUCCAUUGGAGACCACUAUGCAUGUGUCCAUGAUCACUACAACCCUUUCGAAGAUUGAAUUGAAUACAUCGUCUGUCGGGUUCUUGUUAUGUUGGUGGCUUGAAGAUAGAUGAUUGGAAGAACAUGUCUACACAUUUUGAAAGUGACAAAUUUCAAGUAAAAUGUUUUUUAUGUUGAUUAAUUAUGUAUUAUUUAUGAAAUAAAAUAAACAAAAAGGUAUUAUAUAUGCAGGGUCAAAGCAAAGCAAAUAAGAACUACAAGAGAAAAAUUAGAAUUCCACAUACUUUAGGUUCAAAAUCAU